AUGUCGGGCACGUCCAACGUCGGCAAUCGAGGUGUGUAUGAAGACGGGGACCAACGUAACCCUCCUGAUUCUGAGGAACAAAAGCGAGAUCGAUAUCAUGAGGGAAAGCCGCACAGCCACAACCCCAACGAUUCAAAGGAUGAACGAAGUAUAGCGAACAGACUCGCUCGCGAAGAGAAAAGAGAGCAUGAGGAAGAAGAGAAAGACCUUCAGAAGAAGCAGGUUGAAAAGGACCCUACUUUACCUGCCAAGUCUCAUGGCAAUGAGCCGAGCAAGGGUGCCAAGAUAGAUGCAGAGAUUCAGCAAGAGGAGGAGGAGAUGCUGAAGAAGAAAGACGCAAAGAAGUCAUCCUCGUAA